AUGUCCAGUGAAUUCUUUCUGUCCUAUUUUAUUCCGGGGAGCUACUCCUUUGAAGUUCAAAAUAUCUGCCAAGGCCAAUAUGGUAUCGACAUCAACGCAGAAUGCCGUAUUAACUUCUUUCCGAACGACACGGUCGAGUCCUACGGCACGGUAAAACGCGCGAAAUUCCAGGGCAAUCCAGAUAUUGCCGGCAUCGGGGUGGUGAUUGGGUUCAUUACCGGAACUCUCCUGUGCCUCCUUAGCCUCUUUUUUCUCGUCCGGGAAAUGGCAAUGAGGUGGAAAUGGGUGCCCAUCCUCAGCAAGCGAUAUCGUCCACUUCCCAAUCCAUCUCCCAGAGGGACUCGCCAAAAGCGCUGGAAAAGGGCAUUCGGCGACUUCAACAUCACGGCCGAGCGAAGCCGAUUCAUUCAAUGGCUGUUUAACUUCUUGUCGAACCUCCUCAUCGCAAAUGCCGAUACUCAGAUAUUCAUAUCACUGGCGUACGGAAUCAACUUUGCCCUGGCCAGCAAGUGCACCCUGUCGGCAUACCACUACAAAGUCGGCCUCAACAUGGUCUUGUUGGCCCUUGCAUCUACAAACCUCUCGACCCUUAUGAUCCGAGAUUAUUGGAGACGAGCCAAGCUAGCCGCCUCGAUGAGGUUUUUGGUGGUUGCUUUCAUCUACGUCGUCCUGAUUUGGAUGCUGGUCUACCAAUUCAUGGGAGCAUCCAGACCCGAGGACACGUGGUCGUUUUUGACGAAGCAGCGCGGCGGCCUGGCCACCGAUAGCUCCAUUCUGCUUCCUAUGUCAUGCUUCCUAGACCCCGACCUUGAUCCUCUCCGGAGAUUAACGGAUGCCCAACUAAACCGCGUCGGCGGCGUUCUGGGCACGAAGGCUGCUACGCUAGAGGUCAUUGUUGGCUCCGCCAUGCUAGUCUGUUUUCUCCUUUCGCAUCUGGCACACGGAAUACGAUGGUGCCGCGGUCAUAGCCGUCCUAAGGCGAACAGACCGGUCUGGUGGGGUGUGAUUGUUUCGUUGUAUUGGAUUGUCGCCCUUGGCGCCUCAACUGUUGCGUAUGUGGCCUGUUAUUUAAUCGUCUGGUGUCUUAGGGGGUGGGUCUACGAAUCCGGCUGGAUGGAGGACAAUGGGAACUCAGAAAGGGAUGCCGUCUCCUCUACUCUCUACAACCUGAUCUUCAGGAAGAACUACUCCAUGUUGGCGAGUGUCUUCGUUGCCGGCUUUGCGUGGGAGAUUGGCUUCAACCGUGGAAUGGAUCGCCUCUGGGAUAGCUGGAACCAAGGACGCCAAUGGAAGGAUAUCCGACACAAGUACGUCGAGGGAGGCGAGGACGAGGAAUAA